UCUCUCUGCCGCCAUCAAACUGUCGGCAACGCUCCACCCGCCUCCCAACUGUUUUCCCGUCUUCGGCCCUCGGGGGAGCUCAGUUUAGGCCUUUCAGCUGUGGCACCUCCACGUUAUUACGCAAUGUACCACCGCCGAAGCUCCUCCGUACAGUUUUUAUGCUGCUUCUUUUACUUGGCGUUGAAAGCUUCCCUAGUAUGCUCGCAGGAACAGCUCCAGCACCACCGCAUCCCACUCCCCGACCUACAUUGGUACCCGGGUACCGCCACCUGGUACGGCGACCCCGAAGGCGACGGUAGUACCGGCGGGGCAUGUGGCUACGGUAACUUAGUGGACGUGAAGCCAUUGAGAGCAAGGGUAGGGGCAGUGGGGCCGGUACUGUUCAAGAAUGGCGAAGGGUGUGGAGCGUGCUAUAAAGUGAAGUGCUUGGACGAGAGCAUGUGCUCGAGGCGAGCCGUGACGGUGAUAAUAACGGACGAAUGUCCGGGCUGUCCCUCCGACCAAACGCACUUCGACCUCAGUGGUGCUGCCUUUGGGCGUAUGGCUAUUGCCGGCGAACAUGGUCAACUCAGGGACAAGGGUCAAAUCCCCGUCAUUUACCGACGAACACCGUGUAAAUAUCGAGGGAGAAAUAUUGCCUUCCAAGUGAAUGAAGGUUCUACGCCCUUUUGGCUUUCACUUUUGGUGGAAUUUGAAGAUGGAGAAGGAGAUAUAAGCUCUAUGCAUAUUCAAGAAGCAGGUUCUGUAGAGUGGCUAGAGAUGAAUCAUCUGUGGGGUGCAAAUUGGUGCAUCAUUGGUGGGCCUUUGAGGGGACCAUUUUCUGUGAAACUUAGCACAUCCACUGGGAGAUCUCUGUCUGCUAGAGAUGUCAUUCCAAGCAGUUGGUCUCCAAAAGCUACUUACGCAUCUCGUCUUAAUUUCUACCCUUAGCAGUGUUAUAAAGCAGAAGCAAGGACAAGUGCGAACCAAAGGGUUUCACAAGCAAGCAGGGAAAUACCUUUUCCAUAGUCAUAGCUAGCCAAGUUCCAUAAUGCAAAGGCAGUCUUGUGGGCUUGAGCUUUCUUUCUUUGUUUGCCAUUGUUGCUGUUAUAGCUUUUCUUCCAUUCGGUUUUUUAGUGAGAAAAGCAAGCGUUGGGGUGCGCAAGGGCAUCCAAUGUUUCUUCUUUUCUUAUUUUUAAAAGCAAUACUUGCUUUUAUAGUGUGCAACUCUUGGUAGUAGAUUCAUGUAGCCCUCUCCUAAGUGGAGAGAGAGCUUUUAGUAGUAAUUAGUAAGCACCCCUUUAGUCUUUACCUUGCGAGGCAAAUGUAUUGUGACUUGUGAUGUGAGUUUGGGUUAUUAUUAAAAUAUAUGACGUAUCCUUCAAUUUCAUGGACUUA